UAGCAACAGAGUCCAGAGCGCCGCUGUCUCCCAACCGUGAGGUCGUCCUUUUAACUCAACCAAGUACAGCUACUGAACCACCGACAGAAACAGCAGCUAUGAAGGAGCACACGCGUUUUUUCCUCUGGCUGCAACUUUUCACAGCUUGUCUGGUGUUUGCGGUGAACGGUGAUUACUGUGAGGUGAAUGUGUGCAGUAAUGGUGGAACCUGUGUGACUGGAGCAGGAGCUCCGUUCAUCUGCAUCUGCCCUGAUGGCUUCUCUGGAGAAACCUGCAAUGAGACUGAGACUGGACCCUGCAACCCCAACCCAUGCAAGAAUGAUGCCAUCUGUGAGGUGACGGGCCACUCCCGCCGAGGCGACGUCUUCAGCGAGUACUUAUGCAAGUGCCAGCCGGGCUUUGAUGGAGUCCACUGCCAGAACAGUGUCCAAGGGGCAGAUUUAAGUUCAAAAAAAGACGUAAAUGACUGUGCCGGCCAGCCAUGUGAGAAUGGUGGCACCUGCAGGGACCUGGAUGGAGAUUUCAAAUGCCACUGCCCUUCCCCUUAUGUGGGCAAACACUGCCAACUGCGCUGUAUUUCUCUGCUUGGUUUGGAAGGAGGGGGCAUCGCUGAGUCCCAGAUCUCGGCCUCAUCAGUCCGCUACAGCCUGCUGGGCCUGCAGCGUUGGGGACCUGAGCUCUCCCGCCUUAACAACAAGGGACUGGUGAAUGCCUGGAGUGCUGCUGCACAUGACAGGAACCCAUGGAUAGAGAUCAACAUGCAGAGGAAAAUGCGUUUCACAGGUAUUGUGACUCAAGGCGCCAGUCGCAUGGGAACAGCUGAGUUCAUUAAGGCCUUCAAAGUGGCCUCCAGUCUGGACGGCAAGACGUACACCAUGUACAGAACAGACGGGCAGAGAAAGGACCAAGUAUUUGUGGGAAACGUGGACAAUGAUGGCACCAAGACCAACUUGUUUGACCCUCCAAUCAUUGCCCAGUACAUCCGCAUUGUCCCUGUGGUGUGUCGCAAGGCCUGCACCCUGCGCAUGGAGCUGGUGGGCUGCGAGCUCAAUGGUUGUUCAGAGCCGAUGGGCAUGAAGUCCCGACUGGUGUCUGACCGCCAGAUCACGGCCUCCAGCACCUUCCGCACCUGGGGCAUCGAGGCCUUCACCUGGCACCCUCACUACGCCCGGCUGGACAAACAGGGCAAGACCAACGCCUGGACUGCCGCCAGCAACAACAGAUCUGAGUGGCUGCAGAUGGACCUCCAGUCUCCCAAGAAGAUCACAGGAAUCAUCACACAGGGGGCCAAAGACUUUGGCUCUAUCCAGUUCGUCAUGGCCUUUAAAGUGGCUCACAGCGAUGAUGGACAGACCUGGACCAUCGUGAAGGACGAGACCACUAAGACCGACAAGAUCUUCCCAGGCAACAGUGACAACAACGUUCACAAAAAGAACAUCUUUGAGCCGCCGUUCUAUGGCCGAUACGUCCGCAUCCUGCCAUGGGAGUGGCACGAGCGCAUCACCCUGCGAAUGGAGCUCCUGGGCUGUGACGAGUAGCACCGCCCGGUACCUGCCUCCCUCUCUUCCUCCUCUCUACCUCCUCCCCCCUUCCUGCUUCCUCUUCCCUUCCUUCCCGUCUCCCUCCUGAGCCACACCUGCACUGCCUUGCUCUCAGCCCUAGAGGGCAGCAAACACCAGAGUAGCACCUCACCACUCCAACCCUGGCUGGUUGGAGGUGGGAGACGUUACCCCUAAUCACUGUCACUAGAUUGAGUUAAGAUCACGUGUCCUCUCUUGUUUUCAUUUCCUGAAUUGAUCACUCAUCUUUUCCACCUGAACCAAAUCUGUGAUCACUUCAAGAAGUGGCAGUAUAUCUUCUUUGUUACUAAGCAGAGCUGGGGUCAGAUUUUUAUCCCACCUACCAGCUAAAUCAAAGGUGGUGAAUCCCUCAUCCCUGUGGCAGAGGUCAGGGGUAACAAUACUGCUGCUGUAUCAGUUGGUGCUGCCUGGACUCUGAUCCCAGAUCACUUCUACCUGGAACGUUGAACCUCCAAGACCCACGCCUGGUGAUGUACAUAAGCUCCAUUUAACAGCUUGCACAUGCCCUAUAAUCGCACACUCGAUCUCCCCCCAGGACACACAGAAUAUAUCAUCUUUAGAGGAUACAUUAAUGCUUUUGGUUGAUUAUUUUUCUUGUUGAGGCAGUUGUUGUGUUUGUUAAGAAAAAAAUAACAAACUGAAAAUCUGAAGAUAUCCCUGUGUGUGGUACAGUAGUCCCAGUAUUUCCCUGCAGUUUGUGUUUUCUGCUUGAACUGCUUAAGAGGGCAACAUUGAAGGUUAACAGUAUUCACUUUGGUAACACAUAUAUGUGUAGUAGCAAAUAACAUAAGUGCAAACAUCCCAUUAUCUACAAAUGCUUAUUUUUACUGAACCUGUUUGUGAAAUCAACAUCCAGCUUUCACAAAGUUACAUGUAACUCGUGUGGCUGCAUUUGGCCAAAUGAGGGUGAAGUUUUGUGCCAACACACCCUCAGAUUUUUGUUCCUGUGGGUUUAUGUAGAAAAAGAUAGUAUUGUGCACUGAUGCAGAUCCACACAGAACAAAAGAGGAAUCAAAUACAAUAAAUCUCUCUCACUGUGGGACAUAAUCGGUCAAUGAACCAUCAGUCAGUCAGUUUAGCAGCCAAACAGAUGUGAUCUCAGAGCCAGAGGAGACACCACCAUUGACAGACAGGAUGUUAUAAACAAAGAACAAAAAGAGUUUAAGAUCAUUGUUGAGUGAAAGAGAAAAGAGACACUUUAUUGCUCUUUAGCAAACAAACAAUAGCUGUUGACUGAGAUUUACACAUGCUGCUGCUGAGAGCUGGUGGGACAUCUUCAGCCAAAAGGACAUUUUAAACAACAGUCUCACAUUAUUCAUUCAGAAAAUUAUUUCCCCUUGGACAGAAUUUUUUGACGUGACAGUUACUACAGGAUUCAUAUGUUGGCUGCUACAGCAGAUGUGUAUCAAAUUUCAUGAAGUGGUUUAUUUUUAAACAAAUCACCUUCAUGGUCAAUUUAUAGUUCAUUAGUUUCGUGUUUAACAGGCUGUUUGAAGUGGAAUGAUUAUCAAAGGAAGCUUUGUUUUCUCGUCUUGAUUCUCAGAACAACUUCAGAGCUGGAUGCUUAAAAUCCAUUUGUCAUUGCUGACAGGAUGAAAAAUUUUUUCGAAACUGAACUGAUGGAUAACUAUAGGUGUAUUAUACAUAACACUAGUGCUUUGCUAGAAUGAUGGUAGUAAAUCAAUAAUCAUUCGAGAAUUGCAUGUAUUACUUAUUGAUUAACAACAGUAUAGAGACUGCAAGUUCAAAAUGAAUGAAGGACGUCUCAGGUCAAAGCAGAUCUGCUCCUAAUGUACAGCAAAUGCUACUGAAACAAUACUACACUCACUCACUCACUCACUCACUCACUCACUCACUCACUCGGCUGUGCUUCUAGUUGUGUUCACCCACUUUUACUUUUUUAUGGCACUUUGAUGUUUGUGACUUGAUAUUUGAAAUAUCUGAAAACCAAAAAGAAAGAAAAAACAAAAACAGUAUUGUGCAUUGAAGAUCAAACAUAUGUGAACAUAUUCAUUAUUACAUGUUGAGAAAAAAAAGAAAAGAAAACAGACUCCACAGUUCAGUUUCUUUGUUAGACUAAACUGAGUUAUAAAAGUCAGGGGGAAUCCCUUGCUUUGGUUGUUCAGUGUUAAUAUGUGACAUGCACAUGGUACAUAGUACCUUUGUACUGGAAUCUGUUCAUAUAAGUAGAUGUUAAUGUUUGCUGCAGACCAUUUAUUUAGGGUCCAACAUUAUGCCUCCAGUUGAAAGCUGCGACACCACUGAUAAGACUGUAAGAGAGAAACCAAAUUAAAGCUGAUUUUUACGGUUCCACUGGACAUGUGACACGACUCGCCGUAUCAUCCGCUUCUGCUGCCCCCGUCACAGUAUUCUAAACCUUUCCGCCCCAUGAAUUAUGAAUAAUGGGCUUGUGCAAUAUUAUACUGUGUUAGUUUUGAUAACAAUGAAUAUUAAUUCAAGAUCCUUAAAAAUGCAUGAGGGGAUAGCAGUGCCACUGAGAGGUUGAUGACGGACGUUGGUGUCAAACACUGUACAAUAUUUAUUAUUGUUGCAGACGAUUCCAGAAACAGUCACCCUUGUUAUCCACGUCUGCAUGCAUUUAUAUUGACCGGAGUCGCUCAGUUAAAGUUGAACCAAUCUGAACUUAUUGGUGGCAUAGCUUCAUUUUUUUCUAGAUGUUCAUCAACAUUCAAACUAUUCUAGCUCUCUUGUUUCCUGCUGUUCAGCUUUUAUAUGAUUGAUCAAAAUAAAUUGAUGACAUUGAUGUGUUUUUAUGGUAUUAUAUGAGUUUGUUUCUUGCUAUACUGACUGUUGACCUCAUAGAAUUUUGACUGGAUUUGGAGCUUUUUUUAUUCCAGUAUUGUGUUUCUAAGAGGAUUCCUUUAUGUUUGGCCUUUGUAUCUUUAAAUGAAGAAUAAAUAAAGACUUAAAACACGGAA